AUGGCAUCCCUUUUUGAGGUGCUGGCCCUCAAGGCAGCUGAACAGGCAGCUAAGAGAUAUGGGAACUGCCGCGAGGACACUACGGUCGACGGCGAAGCGCCGUAUGUGCAUCCUCCUGUACUGCACUUUUCAAGCUCCUUCAGUAUCUUGCCGGGGGCCAUCGAGUCAAUGACAGUAGACGGUCUGAAGAACAGAGCACACCGCUUCUCAACAAUUGAUGCUGCAGCCACAGAUCUAUUGGAACGAUGUACUGGACUCAGGGAGCUCUCUUUGCUGUAUGUGCAGCUUGAUAGUUUCUCUGGACUUCCCAGACUCCCGCUGCUGCGCUCGCUGCACAUGCAGGGCAACCAAAUAGACAGCUUCAAAGGCCUACUUCAUCAGCCAUCGCUUACGGAACUGAACAUGUGGGGCAAUGUUCUGAAAGGAUUCAAGUAUUUCCCUUGCCUUCCUCACCUUCGCGAACUAAACUGCAGCUGCAAUCGCAUAACUGGGCAGCUAGCUAGGCUUGUCGCAAGAGCUCCCAAGCUACAGGUCGUCAAAUUGGCACUGAACCCGAUUGCUAGCGAAGCUGAGUUGGCGCCACUGGAACAGCUAGCAGAGUUGAAGCACCUCGAGCUGUACGGCUGCCCAGUAGCUAAGGAACUUGGCGAGGGCUCCCCAAUUGUGCAUCGCCUUCGAUCCCGCGGAGUUCGUGUUCUUCUGCAGCAAAGUGUGAUACCAGUUGAUAUGAUGCGGCAACUGGAGCAAAUGAAAGAAUGUCACAUAAAGCAGCAGCAGCAGACUCUCGCAGUCUCUCGUCUGCCCUCCAUUACUGUCACCAACUGUAAUUCUUGA